AGGAAGAAAUCAUUGAGGGAACCAUGGCGUCAAGCCUUGAUAAUCAAGUUGCUUGGGAAGACUAUAUCUUACAAUGUGUUACUAACCAGAGUCACGGCUAUGUGGAAAUUGAUGGGGGACUUCACUUUGAUUGAUCUGGGACAUGGAUUUUACGCUGUGAAGUUCGAAGAGAUGGAUGAUAGGACGAAAGUAAUGACGGGGUGGUCCGUGGAAGAUAAUGGACCUUUAUUUGACAGUUCAAAGAUGGAAGCCUCACUUCCGUUCCUCAGAAGCUAUUGUGCCUUCAACUGCGGUAUGGAUUCACUUUCCGGAGUGUCUUACUUUGAGGAGGAUUUGCUCCUAGAAGCAGCAAAGCACAUUGGGACUCCGUUAAGAAUUGAUAGCACGAAGGCCUUGGCCGUGAAGGCACGUUUUGCUAGAGUUUGCGUUGAAGUUGAUCUUCAAAAGCCCCUUGUCUCGAAACGGUCAAAAGAGCUGUCAACGCCGGUAUUACCGGGAGUAACCGGAGGGGGAGUAGGCCGAAUCGCGGCCAAAGCAGUACCAUUAACGGGCGGUCUGAGAAGGUCUUUGAAUUUGGGAAUCAGCCAUGCUGGCCCCUGUAUUGGCCCCUCCAACAGUUCUCAAAGGACAAAACUCCGCUCUAUGACCGACCACCCCGCAAUGAAAGCACACCGCGGAAAAGAAAAGGGAGCUUCGCCUGCUAACCGAGAACAUGAUCAAAUCCACCAGGCUGCUAGCAGGAGAGAGGCUAUUUGCGGUAGUGGUAGACUGCUCAUAGCUCUUUUCCUCAUCAACACAAUGAAAAGUCAGUUAGUUGCCCCUCUUCCACAAUCCAGGAUGAAGAUC